AUGGCGGGGAGGGGUGUUCUUAUUAACUCGGUUAUUAAUGCUUUACCGAUCUAUACGCUUUCUUUUUAUAAGGCGCCUAAGAAGAUUUUGAAUGAGGUGUGUUCGAUUCAACGCAAAUUCCUUUGGGGAGGUGGAGAUCUUAAACGUUCUAUUAAUUGGGUAAGUUGGGAUACGGUGUGUAAGUCCCGGGAAGAAGGUGGUUUGGGUGUUAAAAAUAUGGAGAUCAUGAAUGUGGCCUUGCUUAGUAAAUGGAAAUGGCGAAUCCUAACGGAUAAAGAUGCGGUUUGGCGAGAUCUUUUGGAAGUGCGGUAUGGUAACAUUAAGCUUAAGGUUUUGGUAGGAGAUUCCUUGGUGGUGCAGAAAAAAGAUUCUAUUUGGUGGAGAGAUUUAAUUAUUUCGGACAAUUAUGAUAAUCUUCUCUUGGACAAUUUUUCUAGUGCUGUUCUUGUUAGUGUGGGUAAUGGGGUUUCAACUCCUUUGUGGUAUGCGAACUGGACCGGACAGCGAUCUUUAAUGGAACGAUAUCCUUCUCUGUUUUCUAUGGCUCAUAAUCAUAUUCAAAAUAUUGCCUCUGCAGGUUUUGAGAAUAGUUGUUGGAAAUGGGCUCUGCAUAAUAUAUUUGUGGCUGGCAGUGCUGCUUUCUUGGUGGCUGAGAACGACUACGGUGUGGCUGGAGAUGCUGGGCAUUGGUCGGGGAGGGUGUCUGUGCAGGGAGGCGGAGCUGUUGUUCCUGCGGCGGCUGCUGCUAUGACUGUUGCCGGCAGCGAAGGUGUGCAGCAGGUAUUUUCGGAAUUUAGGGAGCUCUUUGGCCUUCUUGCUAUGCUGAAGGAAGAGACUGAUUCUUUUUCUUGGAGAUUGACUUCGGACGAAAUUUUCUCGGUAAAGUCUUGCUAUGAUUUCUUCAAAGCUAAUAUGUCGGGUCCGUCGUUGAAUGCGGAUAAAGUUCGGGCUCUCUCUCAUCUUUGGAAAGUCAAGGUUCCUUCUAAAAUUCUUUUGUUUUGUUUGAGAUUUAUACACAAUCGUCUUGCUACUAGAGAUCAUUUAGUGAGUCGGGGUAUCUUAAUUGAGGGUAGUGAUUCUAAAUGCGUCAUUUGUUCGAUGGCGGAAGAAUCUCGGGUGCAUCUUUUUUCGGAUUGUGUUGUUUCGCUUAGAGUUUGGCGUCGUGUUUAUAUGUGGCUUGCAGUCGGGGAUCUGUUGUCUUUAGAGGACUUUAUAGAAUUCUUCUAUAAUUGUGCAAAGGUUCAUUGUCCUUCUAAGAGAGCUAUCUUGUCGGUAGUUUGGCUUGCGACGAUUUGGACAUUGUGGAUUAAGCGUAACGCUAUUGUCUUCAAAGAUGAGUCUUUUAGUUUUAUAGAGUGCAUGUCGGAGAUUGUUAUCAUUUCGUGGAAUUGGUUAGGUUCUUUUUAUAAGAAGGUGCCGUUGUGUAAUUAUUUCGGUUGGAAUACCCAACCUCUCUUGUGUUUUGCCUUGUAA